CUUCCGAUGGGGGCAUUUGGGAAGGUCGGGAGUCCUCCAACUCUUUAGCUUCACAAAGUGGGUAAUUUUGGCACUAUCUACCCAUCCUGCUUCUUCGUUUGAGGACAAAACUUUUAUUUUUCUGUAGCAUUCGAAAGAAUUAUAAAGGAAGUUAUGUGUAUCGCUAUUUCAGAGUUUGUCCAGCAUUGUGAAAGCCACCUUUGCUUUCCGACCUUUUUUAUACCUGAUUCUUGGCGCUAGUAAUUUUCCGGUAUCAAGGUGCUCUGAACCACAGAAACGUUGGGUUUUAGUUUUCUUUUCUCUCGAUCGCCUCCGCCGUCUAGCACUAUGGGUAACCGUGAUUCGUUACCUGCCAAUCAUAUUCACGGCGUUCCUAGCGACUGAGUAGCCGCCUUGGUCGCCAUUUUUGUUUUGGGCCCUCCUUGAAAAAUGGGCGGAGGCCAUUUUUCUUUGGGGUAGAUUCCUUGCGCUAUCCCGGCCCUUCACUCAGUGUUUCCCCGCCAUCUUAAGUCCUGGUUUUGGCUUCAAGCCGGCGGUGAGGCCGCUCAGAUCGUCUUGUGUUUGGGCCGCGGCAGCGUUUUCCCCACGCACGGGGAGACCCUGGGAAAGGGGAAGUAAGGCCGAAGCUUGAAUCCCCAAAGCGUCUGAAGGUGGGCUUGAGAGCCUGCUCCCUGUUUAGUCUGAGUUUCCUCAGCCAAGUACUACUCCACCAGUGACCCUGGACAGUAACAAAACUAAUAAAAGCCCGAACCCAAACCCUGCCACCAUCAUAGUUUCUGAAUGACUUCCUGAACUUGGUCCUUCAGCACUUCUGGUCUGUAAUUACUCUGGAAUCAGUAAGCCAUGGCGUCAAAGAAAUUUGCCGUUAAAUGUGGGAAUUUUGCUGUCCUGGUGGAUCUUCACAUACUGCCACAAGGUUCAAACAAAGAUACCAGCUGGUUUUCUGAACAGAAGAAAGAGGAAGUCUGUUUACUGUUAAAAGAAACCAUUGAUUCAAGAGUUAAGGAGUACUUGGAAGUUCGUAAACAGCACAGGCCAUCAAAUACAGAAUUCACAAGAUCCAGUCCCUUGACCUUAAAAGGUUAUGGCUUUCAAAUCACAGCCUAUUUCCUCAAGAGAGGGAUACGCCUUCACUGUUUUGGGGGUUCACAGAGGACUGAGCUCCGUGUAUUUCCUGACAGAUUUGUGGUCUGUGUAAGUCAGCUGUCAUUCAGUCGUGAUCUUUUGGCAAGUCAGAAUGAAGAAUUGACGGAAGGAGCUCUCCACGGAGCGUCUGAUUAUUUUGCUGAGUGUGCGGAGAGUUCACUUCCUCCCAGUGCAAGGCGCAAGAGAAAUGCUCUGAAAGAAAUUGCGAAAAGAACUGAAACAAAAAGCAGCGUUGUGAGCAAAUCAUGGAGCAGCAGGGACAUUGUGGGAACUUCUAGUGACCCAGUGAUGGCAGAGAUAACGAGGAGGAGGGGUGACAGUUGGGCUUCAACCAGUCCCCCAUCAGAGUCCACGGGACAAGCAAAAGAUUACAUAAAGGCAGCUGAGAGCCACUGGGGGCUUCCUGUUCAAAAGCUGGAAAAUGUUCAUCAGACCCAGCCAGAAGACACUAGCAGCCAGCAAAAACCUCAUUUCGGGGAGUGGUUAGAGACAGGGCUUCUAGGCAGGAGCCCUGUCUGUAGCUGUGAGUCAGCAUCACCAGGUCCAAAACAAAGUCCACAAGGGGCCAGAACACAACAGAAACGCAGGAACCGCGGCUCUGCAGCAGACGUUGACCACCACAAGAGAGUUUCUCUUGGAAGUGAUCGAUUAGUCCCAAGAGAAAUAAUAGUGGAAAAAAGCAAAGCUGUCAGGGUUUUGCCAGCCUCAGAGCUGUCAGAUCCGGGGUUACUUUUGAAACAAGGUUUGGCAAAAACGGCAUCUAAUGAAGAGUUGCAUGUUUUGGAAAAUCUCUCCUCCGGACAUCUUACAAAAAAUCAGCCAGGGCAGGCACAGCAAACCGGCUCAGCCACAAACAGUGAAAGAUUAUCUGCAAUCCGGGGCAGCCCAACCAAGAAAAGAAAGAAGUACGGAAGAGGCCACUAACUUACUAACGGGGACUGCAAACUUGUAGUUGGGUAUAUAAUGGCUGAAGGUGCAGAAAGAGAGGGGUGUGUGUAGCUGCCCUGAUGUUAAAGGAAUUAGAAUGAUUAUUUUGUAUAGAAAAUAGAGCUCCGUGUGAGGGUUAAUUUUUAACGCAUUCAUCUGCAAGAGGCUAUGUGCUUUUUCUAACAACAUUGCUACUUUCUCAUCAUACUUUUCUGUCUUCAGAGCCAUUCACCUUGUCAAGGAUGACCCCAUUCUUGAACGAACUGCAUGAAGAAACCAGUCAUGUGCCUUUGUGACUCAUCACUGGGCAGACCAUACAAUGGGCCACAUGAAGACAGUGCUGUAUAUAGGGGUACAAUUUCUUCUCUUGUUCCUCAGCCUGAGUUGGGCAGAAGUGAAGGAACAGGCUAGUGGUCCUCAACAUCUGGUUCUGGGCCCAGCAUCACUGUCUGAAAAUGUGUUAGAAAUGCAGACCUUGGGCCCCACCCCAGAUCUACUGAAUGAGAAACUCUGGGCAAUUCUGAAACAUGCUCAAGUUUGAGAACCACUGGACUAAUUGGAGACUCCCUAGUGUUUGUUCCCUCCAGCCUGGCUCCCAUGGCCUCCAGCUCAUCUGCCUGAGGCCCACAUGUGGACAGGCACCCCCUCGUGCCCUCUCAGACUUGUAAAACACAUGGGUUCAGCGUCUGAGCUGCUCUGUUCCUGGUUUCUCUACAGCAUGGUGGCCACAGCACCCACAAAAGUGUUACCCUAAGAAGUGCUAGAAGUUGGUGGGUAAUUUGGCUCAGCAUUAGAGGAAGACAGUAGAGGGAGAGGCUUGCUCUCCCUUGUAGCCCAGGCGUGUCCCUGUCCCUGCCCUUGCCCCCACCUCUAAGAUUUUGGUUAGGUUCAGGAAGGAUUAGAACCCAAGGGGAACUCAGUGGCCAGAGUUUCCAGUUUCCCAGUUGGAAGGCGUCACAAACAGUUUGAAUUUCAAAACAGGAGGCUUCCAUUUGCAGUAUCACCCACUAAUGUCUCCAGUGGGCUUGCUGAAAUGUCACAGAGUGAAUCAUUGCAAUGACUUAUUUUGGAUGGACACCUACUAAAGAUUUUCUUAACCCAAUUUCAUUCUAAAAUAGGGGAAAAACCAUAUUCAAAGGCCACCCAUCAAAUACAUUUUUUUUCUGUUCAACAUUGUGUGGUCCUUUGAAGUAGCACCUCCCUAGUAACAAGGAAAAUCAAGUAUAUUCCCAGAGUGUUGGAGUUAGCAGAAAAAUAACCCAGAAAAAGCCCAAUGAAAUAAAAGAAUAUGGAAACAGACACAGUGUAGGUGGUUCAGAAUGCUCAAAACUAAUUGUGGUUUUGUUUCUCUAGCUCAUUCUAUACUUGCCUCUGACUUCUUUCCCACUUGAAGGGUAGGACUCCUUAAGAGGCAACUGUACUCCCUGACACCAUUUUGGGUCACGAAGUUCAGUGUUGGUCACUACCCUUGGCCAUGAACGUAGAUGCUAUUCUUUUGAUGUUCCCCACACUGCCUGGACACUUGUCCCCUUCUCGUGGUCCCAGCCUCACCACCCCCACCACCCCCACCAGGAACAUGGCCUGCCCACCAGUGACCUUUCCUCUUCCCGCAGGUUUUUCCCUGCUCUUAGCUGAUUCCAGUCAAAGCAUUCUGUAGGAGAAGAGGGAGCCCAACAGAAUACUACCCAGAGUCAAGCAGAUUGUAUUCAUCCAUUUGGGGGUAGACUGCACAGAACGGAAAUGCUCCACUAUGGGCCCCCUCUCUUGGAGUGACAACUGUUCUAGGUGUGCUCUUCACCGAAGUCAGGGGCAGAGUGUGUCAUUGAAUCUUCUUCAACAGAAUUCUUGGAACAGUUUAAACAGAAAGGGGCCCAAAGAAUAACCCAGGUGAUCGGCCAAAAAAACAAUAAGCUCCCUAGAACGGAAUCUCGAAUAAAAAAGACAACCAUUUCAGAACACUAGCUGUUAACCCAGCACUAGAAGGAGAUGUUUGGAAUAGAGGUGCCAGAGAAAAGCUAUAAGUUGAAAAGUUUUCAUUUCAUUUAUUAACCAGGGCCUGCACAGCAGGUAAAGCCAAUCUUUGUGAUUUAAUGAUUUUCUCUCAAGAACAGCCUUGGCUUUAGAGUUUGGUGUAUUUGUGGAAAUAACAAUUACUGUGACCUCAAAGGGAAAAUAGCACCUUUGGUUGUAGGUUGACAGGGUCUUUCUCACAGCCCACAUGUACAUGGGAUUGUGACAGGAUUAACGGAGGGAACAGCUCUCUGCUUCCGCACUGUGGCAUGUGUCUGAGGAAUUUUGCCUUUAAGCAUUUUCUCCCACAUGUCUGAAACACCCCCGGAUCUCUUAUUACUUGAGUGGUUGUGUGAUUCUUUGGAUGUUUGAAAGUACAAAGGGGAAAAUGGCUGCCAGGUUUUAUUGUUGCUUAUUAGCUAGGAAAUGCAGAGUUCUCCACGACUGGGAGUGGUAUGUGUGUUGACGUUCUUAAUAAUCUUAUUAAUUCCGCAUCUGAAAAUCUGAGAGCCUGUCAAUAUUCUUAGACAAAAAGAACAAAUUCUUCAACCACUUAAUAACCCAAACUCAAUUUAUAUUCAAGUCCCUGUAAUUCUGAUGCUUGGGAGAAAUAUGGAUCUGAUUCUGUUAAUGUUACAACUUUGAACUCCCUAGCUAUCUCAGUGUCAUGGCUUUUAAGUCACAUCCAUGUGCUUUCAGAUGACUUUUUAAUAGAUUGAUGUUGAGUGUUGUGUUUUUGUUGUUGUUGUUUAAUGUCUAUAAACAAAUCUCUGAGAAUAGUCAAUGUGAUUUUUCUUACACUUUUUUUUUUCUUUGCCACUGGAGGUUAACUGUUGUCCAGAUAUGCAUGUAAAUUGUUAAAUGCAAAGGAGCAACCAUUUGGGGAGAGAGGAGUGAGUGCUAUAGCUCUUUUGUUUAUUUAUGUUAAAGAAGUAAGAAAAUGUACUUCAUUUUAUAAAAAGCAAGAAUCAUUAAAACCUCUGUAGUUUGAUUUAUGGAAAAUAUAGCUUAUUUCUUAUCUCAAGAUAUGUCUUAGGGAUAACAGUGGGAUCCCAGUUAAUUGUUUGCUUCUGGUGUCAUGUUUGGAUUUUAGCAUGAAUUGUUUUGCAUCGCACGGCCUUUGAUUUUAGCAAGAGCUUGGUAAGGGCAAAGCACCUAAGGGAAGGAAACCUCUAUGCCCAAGAGUCGGCCUGGGAUCACAGUGCUGCCAUUCCCAGUUUCCUUGAAUGCCUUGGCAGGCCCCACUGUCCUAUUUCCACAGAAUUUUAGUGAGUGGCCUUCCUUUUGAGGUAACAGAUGCCUCUCCUAAGAGUCAAAAUCCUCUCUUCAGAGUUCCAUGACUUGAAUAUGGAAAUCAUUUCAAUUUCUUCUUUUCUCUUAUGAGGAAAUUUCCAUGCUCAUUUUGUUAAGAUUUGAUAAGAUGAUAGAGUUCAUUCCUUGUUAUUGAAACACUAAUGAAUUGAAACACGGUGGAGCAAGUGAAAAAUCAAAAUUACGCUGAUUUCUGUUAAGUAGUUUAAAAUCUUCCUUAAGUAAAUUAAGCAUUAUAAAAUGAAGCUAAUGCAGAUAAUUACUCAGGACAGCAGUCUAACUAUGUAGAUCAUUGGUAUUGCAAUUUAAUGAUAUAGUUAAAUUCUCAGAAAUCUGCAGAACUCCUUCUAAUUUGGUUUCUGUAUUUAUUUAACAAGACAAGGAACAAAUAUAUGUCAAUGUGUGUGCUUAACAGAGGGGACUUGAGUGGAUGAAAUUAUUACCUUUAAUUGUGGAGAACUACUCAAUACUGGACUUUAAUCACAUUCAAGUAAGUUUUAUUGUGCAGCAUAAUAUUACCAUGUGUUACUUUAUAAUUGCCGUUAGAAUUACUUAUCAAAAAUCUUGAUUCUUAAAUUAAACAAGAAUCAAUAAAACCAUACGUAUGUCCCCAAAGCAUCUGAUCAGGUGACCAUAGAUGUGGAUUUGACAGAACCCCAGAAUAAGUUUCAUUAGUCAAGUUAGGAAGCCAGACGCUGCAGUCAUCACCAGGAGAGUUCUUUUUUCCCUAUCACAGUUAUCCUGUCUUUUGUUUUGUUUAAACUGCUUGAAUAGUUGAACGUGUCUGAAAGUACAUGGGUCAAAGUAGUAUGUAGAGGAAACGAACCUGCUUUGUAAAUAAAAAGUAAAACUGUUUAAAAAAAUUAAAUGAGUGUGUAUCACUUUUCUCCAAAACAAGUGAGUUAGCCCCAAGGAAUAUACAUCCAAAAUGCCCUUUUCUGAACCUGCGAUUUAAAAUUAUAUUCUCUUAGAGAUUUUUUCCUUCUUGAAGCAACUCUGAGGUUUUGAGCACUAUGUUAAAAUAAUCCCAAGGAGCUCUGCUUCUGAACAUUUAGGUCUGGAGAACCCUGUGUGGGGUGUUAUGAUUAAAUUGGCCCGUAAGAUUCUGGGGUGGUCUUUACAAUGCAGAUAUGUUCCCAUUUCUUCCAGUUGUGAGCUAAGAGAAAUCCCUCUUGUGAGAAGUUAAAGUAUGCAACCUUGACUCCUUUCCAGAAAAAUCUUGACAUUUCCCAAGUGGAUUCAUUUCCAUUUUCUAAGUGGAUCUAGUCCUUGUUCACCACUGAAUAAAGUCCUGGGCCAACUCUUUGUCUACACUGCCUGUUAUGACGGGAUCUCAGGCCCCUCUUAUUGCUUGUAUAUGUAUCUCCCCUUGGAUCUGUACAUAACCUUUCAGAGGCAUUUCAAUAUGAGGUUGGGAUAAUACAUUUGAAAAGCUGUGCGUGAAAUGCUGAGAACCACUGCAGUCGAUGAAGCAAAGCGCCUUUCUUUGUGGUUUGCCCCUGCCAGCAGGCUGGCUGGCCUGGCCCACGGGGAGGCUGACCUGCCCUGGGCCUGGGGUCUGGGCUGGGGAUCCAGAGCCUGGAGAUGGCAUGGUGCUCCAGGCUGCAAACCCUGGGUUCAGGCUGCCGCUUUGCCACUAAUUGGUUUGUGUGUUUUGGGACAAGUCUCUUAACCUCCCGGGCCUCAGUUUCUUCCUUUGUCAAAUAAAAUUCUCUCUCCUAUUUUAAGUGCCACACCGAAGGUAAACAUACCACUCCCAUGUGGUAAUUUUUGUAUCCAUUUAAAAAACAGGUUCUUCCCACUGGCCACACUUUGGAAUUACCUUAGUAGUUUCUAGUUAAAUCAGAAUCCUUGAAAUUUGGCCUGGGUAUCAGCAGUUUUAAAAACACUUCAAACACUGAUUCUAAUGAGAAGCCAUAGUUAAAAAUUGUUUUAAAAUGUAGGGGGGUGGUGUGUGUGUUUAAAUAGUGGAUGUUAAAAGAGGCAGGGUGUGCUCAGAGCUGAGUGUCCUUUAUAAAGGGGGCGUGUAAGUCAGGAGUGUGCCUACUUUUAAAUGAAUGAGAAACGCUUUGGUGACAAGGUGUCAAUAGGCGUACAUUUUAAUCACCCACAGAGAUAUGUUUUGUUUUCCCCCUCAGGCCCUCUAUGUCAGUAAUGCUGCUUUAGACCCAGCACAUCAGAGCAGCUUCGUCUUUGCCAACACUGAGAAAUUGUUGCCCUCAUACAGAAGACGAGUUUUUAAAGCACCUAAAUAAUUGUCUAGGGUUUGCCUUUGAUCCAUGAUCAUUAAUAUCACUAAUAAGCUCUCGAAAAGUGCGUGUGAAUCUCAAGUUCACAUUUGGCAGGGCAGUGGAAGAAUGAACGCUUUUAAAAUAGUUUGGCUCAGAAAGCACAUCUGAAAUAACCCUGUGGGAAAAUCAGGAGAAUUUCUCAUCCUCCAAAGGAUUACCUAGGAUGAGAUGCUGACCUUGUAUUUUAAGUUCGGUUACAUUUCUUAAAACCUCAUUCAUUACCCAGCCUGAUUUAUUUUAGUGGGUGAAGUAGGCUGUGGGAGGGGACUCCAGUGAUGUACAGUGUUCUUGUUGGCCUUUUGUUUUCUCCACAGUUCCCAAAAGAUCAUCACGUAAAUAUAUUUCUUUAAAACACACAUGCAGACCAGCUUCCUCACGAGAUUUACUACAGCUUUUCUCUCAGAAAUUAGAGCUGAGGAUUCUCUCGUCUUCAGGCUUCUGAGGCGAUCAAGCCCCAGAAGGCCGAGUGUGUGCGGGGUGAGCAGAGCGCUGACCUCUGCCGGGGAGAGGUCAGUUCAGCACACAAGACUCAAAAGGGAGGAAGAAAAAGCAACUCCUCAGCAGGGAGUUUGACUUGCUUUAGGGCAGAAGAGAUUUUAUAAAUAAGUUCCCAGUCUCCCACGCCCUCUCACCGGCUCUUCUAUUACUGGUCCUGUCUCCGCGCUUAGAUACACACACACACACACACACACACACUCUCUCUCUCUCUCUCUCUCUCUGACGUGGGGACACAGACACACAGCUCUUACUUCCACUUGCUGCCUCACAUCCCUCUCUCCACCUGCCCCGGGAACUGUGCGUUGCACUGCAGACCCUUCUCAGGAUCGGAGGCAGGUGAUGGAUUGACUGGGAAUUUUUCUAAGCCCAGUGGCUCAUAAGGCCUUUUCUC